AUGUCGGAGAAGGCGCCUCAAAUACUGGGCGGGACGCGUCCCAACGUAGACAAGCGGUUCCAUCUUAAUAAUGUGGAUGAGAGUGAAGAAAAUACGACGUCUGCGCCAUCGAUUUAUGCGCUACAAGCCGAGGACGACGUACCGGAGGUGACGACCAUGGAGAGUUUGUGCAUGAAUUGCCACGACGACGGCACGACAAAGCUGCUGCUCACUAUGAUCCCGUACUUUCGUGAAGUGAUCCUCAUGUCUUUUGAGUGUGAACACUGUGGUUUUAAAAACAGUGAGGUGCAAUUUGGUGGCAAAGUGCAAGAACAAGGAGCCAAGAUUGAGCUUGAGCUCAUGGAGCACGAGGACUUGAACCGUCAGCUGAUUAAAGCUGAUGCUGGUGCCAUCUACAUUCCGGGAUUGGACUUUGAGAUCCCACGCGAAACGCAGCGAGGAAGUAUCAACACUAUUGAAGGGGUCUUGCAAAAAACUAUUACAGACUUACGUAAGAAUCAGGAACACCGUCGAGAGACCGAUCCCGAGACAACCGAGAAGAUUGACGAGUUUAUUGCGAAACUCGCCUUGAUGGCUGCGGGGAUCACGCUGCCAUUCAAGAUUGUACUGGAUGAUCCGUCGGGCAACUCGCACAUUGAGAACCCACACGCACCUGCUGCUGAUCCUAAGAUGAAAGUGUCACACUACUACCGGUCAGAGCAACAGGAUCUGGUUUGUGGAUUGCAGCCCGAUAUGUCCCAUGACGCACCAACACAGACGCCGCGUGUGCUGCCGCACCGUAAUGAAGGUCUGGACAAGUUUGUGGAGGAAGCCAACAUUGCCAAAAAGGAAGUGAUUCAGAUCCCUGCAAACUGCUUUGCUUGUCAAGCACCGGGUUUUUCCUGCAUGUGCAUGACGGAUAUUCCUCAUUUUAAGGAGGUCAUCAUCAUGUCUUUCAACUGCGAGGCGUGUGGUUUCAAGACCAACGAGGUGAAGGCUGGUGGCGCUAUUCCGCCUCAGGGUGAGCGCAUGACGCUGAAAGUGGAUACAAGCAAGGAUCCAAAUGUGCUGGACCGGGAUAUCCUCAAAUCCGACUCGGCUUGUGUCAACAUCCCCGAGAUUGAGCUUGAAAUGGCGCAUGGUUCACUUGGUGGAUUGUACACGACUGUGGAAGGUUUGCUCGACAAGAUUCGCCAUAACAUUGAAGAGGGUAACCCGUUUGCUGUUGGUGACAGUGACGGUGGCCGCUCGCUGCUGAACGCCUGGCUAGCGCGUCUUGAUGCUCUGAAGAUGGGUUCUGAGCCGUUCACGCUUAUUUUGGAGGAUCCAUUGUCCAAUAGCUUCAUCUACUCGCCGUUUGGCAGUGCCGAAGAUGAUCCGUACAUGACGGCGGAGAGGUUCACACGCUCUGAGUAUGAGGACGAUGUGCUGGGUAUUGCAGAUAUGAAGGUAGACAAUUAUUCCGCAGAGACUGGACUGGGAAGCAUCACAGAGGAAGAGGACAAGACUGCUGAGCCCAUUCGAAGUGACAAGGAGACGAUGGGUGGAGGAUGUGCCAUUGACCCGUCCAAGUACCAUCCAAACCCGUCCGCUGUCAUGGAAGUGCGACAGCAGCAAGAAGAGCAGAAGACGAAACAACAGCAGUAG